GCGAAGGGAGAGCGGAGCGGGGAGAGACGCCACAGCUCGGCCCGGCUCGGUGGACGGAUACAAAACCAGGAUGUUCUUCUUCCACAGACUCGUCCUCUAGGAAAAGACAAACACAAAAAAACAAAAAAAAACGUAAAAUAAUUUAAGGUGGAGACACAACAAGUAGGCUACUGCUCCGUGAAUCCAACGUGCGGUGACAGGCGGAGACAGAUGAGCCCGCUCCGUCUGUGGUGUCUGUAGGUUAGUCUUGUCUUUUGUUCGGCGGUGACAUCCAUCCUCCAUCUCCACCAUGGAUCAGUCAGAGAGGGAGCACAGGUCGGACGACGAGACGGAGUACGAAGACGAGGAGGUGGACCCCAGAGUCCAGGGGGAGCUGGAGAAACUCAACCAGUCCACCGACGACAUCAACAGAUGUGAGACGGAGCUGGAGGAUGCGAGGCAGAAGUUCCGCUCGGUUCUGGUGGAGGCCACGGUGAAGCUGGACGAACUGGUGAAGAAGAUUGGCAAGGCUGUUGAGGAGUCCAAGCCUUACUGGGAGGCCCGCAGGUUGGCCCGACAGGCGCAGCUGGAGGCCCAGAAGGCCACGCAGGACUUCCAGAGAGCCACCGAGGUUCUGCGGGCGGCGAAGGAGACCAUCUCCCUGGCCGAGCAGAGGCUCCUGGAGGAGGACAACCGGCAGUUUGACUCCGCCUGGCAGGAGAUGCUGAAUCAUGCCACCCAGCGGGUGAUGGAGGCGGAGCACACCAAGACGAAAAGCGAGCUGGUGCACAAGGAGACGGCGGCCAAGUACACGGCAGCGAUCAGCCGCAUGAAGCAGCUGGAGAAAAAACUCAAACGCACCAUCAACAAGUCCAAGCCCUACUUUGAGAUGAAGGCGAAGUACUAUCUGCAGCUGGAGAAUCUGAAGAAGAACGUGGACGAGCGGCAGGCCAAGCUGACUCAGGCCAAAGGCGAGUACAAGGCGGCGCUCAGGAACCUGGAGAUGAUCUCCGACGAGAUCCACGAGCGGCGGCGAAACUCCGCCAUGGGCCCCCGGGGGAGAGGCGUGGGCGCGGAGGGCGACAGCGUUUCCGGGGACGACAUCUCGAGCUUCAAAAUGGAGUCCGAUGUAAUAUCCAUGGCGUCGGUGUGUUUCGACGAUGAGGCGUGUGGCGGUGGCGGUGGCGGCGGCAGCAUCAUGUCUGAAGAAGACUCUGAGACUCACUCCACCUGCAGCCUGGGUUCGUCUCCCAGCAGCCCUCAGGAGCUGAUGUCGCCCUGCCCCUUCGCCAGCUCUUCCUCCUCUUCCUCAUACACGUCCUCCUCCGCCUCUCCGUCACCGACUCCCUCCUCCUCCUCCUCGUCCUCCCCUGCUCCUCCCUCCAGGCCCUGCAGUCUGGAUCUUCCCAGCACCGUGUCGUUGUCCGACUUCAGCCUCAUCUCGCCCGUGCUCGGGCCUCGCAGCGAGUGCAGCGGAGCGUCGUCGCCUGAAUGCGACAUGGAGAGAGGUGACCGGGCGGAAGGUGCAGAGGGGGAUCUGGACAACGCUCCCGCCACCAACAACAACAGCAACGGCAGCUCCGCCUCCACUUCCACCAUCAAGAAGACCUUCAGCCUGGAGGCGCGCUUCAGCUUCCUGAACCUGCGACGCCCUCGCACCGACAACGCCAAAAAACUGGACAACUGCUCCCAAAAGGCGGAGCCCGGGCAGAGCGUGGUCCUGGUCAAAGGAGUCUGAGGGACAAAAUAAACAGAACUUAUUAUCGUGGGAUUCUGACUCUUGCCUCGACUCUUUCUGACCCAGUGACAGACUGAUUCUGACCCAGUGAUGAACUAUGACGGGCUGUUUAUAAGCUAGAUGCCACAACUGCACUCCAUUUCCGAACUCCACUGCUGUUGAAACUGUGUUGGUGAAGGGUGAUGGAAGAAUAAAGAUUGUUAGAAAUUAUUCUUCAUGUUAUUUUAUUAUUUUUUUUCCCACUAACAGCUGAAAAAGCUCCUGUCACAAAAGCAAAUGUACACUAGCUGCCUGCGGACGACCUCCGACUCCGGAUCAUCUUAAACCUGCUGUGUUGUUGUUGAAUAAUUGGUAUAACUUUAUUAAGACUGAGGAUUUAUUACUGUUAAAAAGCAUCGAGCAUGCUGUAAACCACACAGAGGUGAUGUUCUGCUUCAUUCAACACUUAAAAGAAUGUGGAUAUGUUCAAUAAAUAACUGGUCUCUCAA